GCGUGGCCGUCCGGGGCCAUGGCGGCGCUCGGCGUCGUCUACUUGCUGCUCGGGCUGGCGUCCUGGCGGUCAGCCUGGGCCUCGGGCGAGGAGUUCUGGCCCGGCCAGUCGGCGACUGACAUCCUGUCGGGGGCGGCGUCCCGCAGACGGUAUCUUCUAUAUGACGUCAACCCCCCAGAGGGUUUCAACCUCCGCAGGGAUGUCUACAUUCGCAUCGCCUCCCUCCUGAAGACCCUGCUGAAGACGGAGGAGUGGGUACUGGUAUUGCCCCCUUGGGGCCGCCUCUACCAUUGGCAGAGCCCUGACAUUCACCAGGUCCGGAUCCCGUGGUCUGACUUUUUUGAUCUUCCAAGUCUCAAUAGAAACAUCCCCGUCAUUGAAUAUGAGCAGUUCAUUGCAGAGUCCGGUGGGCCCUUCAUUGACCAGGUUUAUGUCCUGCAAAGUUAUGCAGAAGGGUGGAAAGAGGGGACCUGGGAAGAGAAGGUUGACGACCGGCCCUGCAUCGAUCCGCUGCUGUACUCACAGGACAAGCACGAGUACUACAGGGGAUGGUUCUGGGGUUAUGAAGAAACAAGGGGUUUAAACGUUUCCUGUCUGUCUGUUCAAGGAUCAGCUUCUGUCAUCGCGCCUGUGCUUUUAAGAAACACAUCAGCACGGUCCGUGAUGUUAGACAGAGCCGAGAACCUCCUUCAUGACCACUACGGAGGGAAGGAGUACUGGGAUACUCGGCGGAGCAUGGUGUUUGCCAAGCACCUGCGGGCUGUGGGUGAUGAAUUCAGAAGUAAAUAUCUUAAUUCCACGAACGAGGCCGACAGGAUCCCCUAUGAGGAGGACUGGACCAAGAUGAAGGUCAAGCUGGGCUCCUCGCUGGGGGGCCCAUACCUUGCCGUCCACCUGAGAAGGAAAGAUUUCAUCUGGGGCCACAGGGAGGACGUGCCCAGUCUGGACGGAGCUGUGAAGAAGAUACGCAGCCUCAUGAAGACCCACGGGCUGGACAGAGUGUUUGUGGCCACGGACGCCGUCAGAACGGAAUAUGAGGAGCUGAAAAAGCUGUUGCCCGAGAUGGUGAGGUUCGAGCCCACGUGGGAGGAGCUGGAGCUCUACAAAGACGGAGGCGUGGCCAUUAUCGAUCAGUGGGUCUGCUCCCAUGCCAGGUUCUUCAUCGGCACCUCCGUCUCCACGUUCUCUUUUCGGAUUCAUGAGGAAAGAGAGAUCCUGGGCUUGGACCCCAAGACUACGUAUAACCGAUUUUGUGGGGACCAGGAGAGAGUGUGCGAGCAGCCCACUCACUGGAAGAUCGCGUACUGAGCCGGCGCCCCGGAGGCCUGUGCCCGGCCCCGUUCCACACACGGUGGACUCUCGUGCUUCCCCUAACGACACAUGUCACCAUGGGGUCGCUCCUGCCCCAACGGCAGCUGGACAGACCAUCCUGUCUCGUGGUCUCAGGCCCAGAGGAGGCUGCACACGCAGGUACAGCCCGUGACCGCGUGGCCACGGCGUGUGCGCUGCCCCUGCAGCCGCGCCGUUCUCGGCGUCUCCAGCCGUCACCACCAUGAAAGCACUGCCACUUUCUGGGGACUCUGGUUGUGUUUUUUGUGAGAUUUGAAACCGAAUCUCAGCGGCCCAGCAAGACCCCCGGUGUGUUUCUUCAGCCUCGUCCUGGAGGCUCCCCAGCAAGUCGGCCCCGGGCGGGCGGGCAGCUCCCGGCGGGUGGGCCGAGCUCGCGGGCCCCUGGACCUGGUGCGAUCUGGGCCUGGGUCAGUCAGGGUAACUCCUGUGU